ACCCUUUUUUUCUCCCAAUUUCAGCCCACUAUUCCAAUUACCAAAAACCCACAACCCAACCCCCUCCUCUUAGGUCCACCAUCCAUUUCGUCCGCACCUUCAAGCACCGCCACCGUCGCUGCCGUCGUCUGACGAUGAUCGGAAAAUUCCUCCGCCCGGUCCUCUCAGCUUCCCGUAAACGCAAUCCCCUUUCAUCACUGUUUCAAUCUCUUCCCAAUCCCAUUCUUCCUUACAAUCUCCACCGCCGUUCUCUUUGCUCGCCAUCACCAUCCACUGUUCUUCCUCCUCAAACCCCCGAAAAUUUUGACCUCCCAAUCCAAAAAGUUCGCUCCCAAACUCCUCUCGAGAAGCAAUUCGAAACAUGGAUCCAAAAGCUCAAGCCCGGAUUCUCCCCUUCCGAUGUCAACGAGGCUUUGCAAGCCCAAUCGGACCCCGAUCUCGCCCUCGAUCUCUUCCGGUGGACGGCUCAACAGCGCGGCUAUAAACACAACGAUUUAACCUAUCUAACAAUCAUUAAGAUCCUAAUUUGCCGCCGGAAAUACCACCUCGCCGAAACCCUAGUCGAAGAGGUACUUGCUGGUGCUUGUGAAAUGAGUGUGCCGCUUUACAAUUCUGUGAUUAGGUUUUGCUGUGGUCGGAAGUUUCUGUUUAAUCGAGCUUUUGAUGUGUACAAGAAAAUGUGGAAAUCUGAUGACUGCAAACCUAACCUUGAAACUUAUGCUAUGCUGUUCAAUACACUGCUUAGGAGAUUCAAUAAGUUGAAUGUAUGUUAUGUGUAUUUACAUUCGGUUCGAUCGUUAACGAAGCAAAUGAAAUCCUCUGGUGUGAUUCCUGAUACGUUUGUGUUGAACAUGAUCAUCAAAGCUUUUUCUAAGUGUCUUGAAGUCGACGAAGCGAUUCGAGUUUUUCGGGAAAUGGGGUUGUAUGGUUGUGAACCAAAUGCAUAUACAUAUGGUUACAUUGCAAAAGGGUUGUGUGAGAAAGGAAGAGUUGGACAAGGAUUGGAAUUUUACAAGGAAAUGAGAGUUAAAGGUCUGUUCCCUAGCAGCAGUACUUAUAUGAUUCUCAUUUGUAGUCUAGCUAUGGAAUGCCGAUUCGACGAAGCCAUUGAGGUUUGCUUUGACAUGUUGAGUACUUCCCGGGCACCGGAUAUGCUUACUUACAGAACCCUCUUGGAAGGAUUGUGUCGGGAAGGACGGGAUAGUGACGCGUUUGAUUUGCUUGAUGAGUUGAAGAAGAGGGAUAAACUGAUGAAUGAGAAGACAUUCAAUAUUCUGUUAAAUGGGCUGCACAUUGUUGGUAGAGAGUAGAUUAUGAGGAUUAACUCCUUUGUUUUGCUGGACUAGAUUGAUCGAUAGCUCGCUCCUUUGCAGAUUAACCGUUAGGAUUAGAUCUCGAGCAUGCCUUCUGAAUGCUGGAAUGGAUUUCGGGACUGAACCUUCAAGAUUACAGGAUCUAUGAGCGUUUUUAGAAGCAAAACGUUCAAGAGAGCGCCUUCAUUGUUCUAGCUUGAUUGGACUACGCUUCGACUUGAUCGGUUAUGGAUGCUUGUAGAACUCUUAAGCUCUGGUGGCUGGAUGUUUCGUAAUGGAAGGUUCACUCGGCACUUCGAAGGCAAGUUAUUUUCGUGUUCUUGUAUUCUAGUAUCAUAUGCUCUUUCUUCUGAACUAUAGAAAGCUAAAUCAAAUUGAACCAAACCGAACUCGGGCGCUGUUUCGUUUGCUAUCUGAGUUCAGUUUGAUAAUUACUGAAACAGUCCCGCGCCGUGUUUAGCUCACGACGCUAGAAAACUUCUGUAUUCUUGAAGCUUAGUCUCGAUAGAGAAUCGAACCGGACCGAGUUCUGAUGAUAUCUCCCAGUAGACUUCUCCACAUAGAGACAUAAAAAUUGAUUCUUGAUUCUUAGCUCUUUUAUUUCAGACUGCUGAAUUUGAUGUAUGGUGAAUCCAUAGCCAAAGAAUGAACCAUAUUCAAAAUAUAGAUGAUUGUCAUUUGUUCUUAUGUA